AUGAAUGUUCUUCCUAUUACGGGCUUACGGCGAAUCAAUUUUGGCAACGGAUCUCGAGUUAGUUUUUCGCUGAAUGUUCAGAAAUCGGUAGUUUCAAUUUUAAGUGCAUUUGAAGACUCUCUGAAGAAAUGUCUGACUGCAGUUUUUGGGAGCAUAACAAGAGGAAUCCAUUGGAAGCUGCAUUGGAGCAUAUUGCAUAUGUCAUAUAGAUUGUGAUACUUGUUAUUCCUUAUGAGUCAAUACUUGAUGUGGGUAGAACAACAAUAAUUUUAAAAUGGAACUACAUGGUUAAAAAUUUAUU